AUGGAGCUGCGUCGCCGCAUCGACCAGGUCAUGGUCUGGGGCAACACGCAGCCCAUACUGCCCCUCCGCAGGGCCAUCUGGAUCGUGACGGGCGGGAUCUGGCUGUGCGCCGCGUACUGCGUGGCCGCCGUGGGCAUGCUGCUCACCAUCGUCUUUGCUCCGUUUGCCCUCCAAGUCCUGCGCAUCAGCCUGUUCGCCCUGGAUGGAGGCAUCACGCUGGAGCCAUACAUCAAGACCCUGAGCUUCUCAGUCCAGGGAGGGUCCUUCCUGGAUAAUCCGGCCCACCCCUACACCAUCGCCGGCAACAUUGUGUGGGCCCUGCUCUUCGGGUGGCCACUCGUGCUGGCCCACCUGAGCGCAGCCCUGAUCCAAGCCCUGACGAUUGUCGGACUGAGCACAGCCAUCCUGAACGUCAAGAUGGCUACAUACGUCAUCUGGCCGUUUGGGAGGAGUUUGAGGGAGCGGGCCCUGCCUACCACGCUAGAGGAGCUGGACCGGCUGCGAGAGGAACGAGCAGUGGAGAAGAGCACCCAGCGACUCUAUGCCUCCAACGUCUGA